GGUCACGAGGCUCUGACGUCAGCAGGAGCACGCGGCUGCUUCAAGCCCUCCACAACAUCGGAACAUCUCGACCGGACCGGCACGCGGCGCCGAACUGAGUGGACCUUUAACUCCGAGUUGGGCUCGGGCUGCUGUGCGGGUGUCACCAUGAUAACGGCGGUUCGGUGCUGAUUCGGGACAAGUCAGUGACGCAUCCGCGCGCCAAAGAAGGCUUGAGGCUCGCGCGCGGCGAGGCGCGGCCGCUGACAGGUAAUCGAUGCUCGCAGCUUCCGGGGUUUGGAUCAGAACAGCUGCAGACUGAAGCUCGACCAGCGCUCGGAACCAAUGACGUCAUCCGAUACCAGCAGGCUGCGACGCUUGAGGCUAACAGAACAUCUGGUCCAGAACCAGAACCCCGCGAGAUCUGCACAGUCCCGUCUUUACUGGAUAGGAAAACACACUUUGAGUGUUUUUGGGGCUUUUAUUUAAAAAUAGUCACAAGAAUCAAGUUAAAACGGCGUGAAAACAUUUUUAAUGUAAAAAAAUAAUUUUAAACUUAAGACAGCAGAAAAUACAAGUUCUUUCAAGAUAAAAUACUCCCAGUAUAAACUUGAUUUAUUUCUCCGUUUAUACUGGUAUAGAAUGGAAAGUUAAACAAAAAUCUAUACAUUUAAUUGAAAUUAUAUAUACUUGUAAUUUCUAUACUUAAACCAAUGAUUUGUGCAGUUAAAGUUAAAAACUUUGAAUUUAUUUCUAGUAAUAAGUCAAGCCUUUCUAACAUAAAAUCAUCUUAGUUUGAAAAUCCAAACAGCCCAUAAAUAAACUAAAACAGAUGAAUGACACAUCUAAGCAUUUUUCAUCAAAAGAGACAUUUGUUAUUUUCUUCUUCUGUGGAUUCUAAAGGUUUUUUGUGCUAAAAACAACAAAUGAACAGAAAUGUGAAGUAAAUGAUGUGUUUUAAUGUGAAAAACUUUCACAUUUGCAGGUUUUUCUAGUCACAGUGAAGCUCUGACCCUUUAAUCAGACGUUUGCAGGAGGUCAGGUUGGACGGAUGUUCAGGUUUCCACAGAUCGUGGUUUAAGGAGGAAAGCCUCGUGUGUUUCCACGCCGACGUGAGCUUCACGCUGAAGCUCCUCCCACAGCGGCUGACAGAGGAGCAGGCGUGGUCGUGUCCCUCAGGUGUGGUGGGUCUAGAGGAGGUGAACAGACCCUGAUGGGGGGCGGCGCUGCAGCGUGGAGGGGGUGGAGAGCCUUUCUUCCUGCUCGUCCAUGCGUGCUGAAAUCCCUCUGGCGUGGAGGACGGGGCUUCGCUGAGGCGGCACAGACGAGCUGGCUCCUCGCUGUGACCUCAGAAGCUCGCCGCCGCUGCAGGAGGAGCGGCUGAUGUAGAAGCUGCGGCUCCCUGACCCAGAUUCGGCCUUCGGGGCGGUGUCGGCGCUCUCCCUCAGCCUAUGCUUUGUCUCCCGCCCCCCCCCACAGUCAUGUCUUCCUCCUCGGAGAUGCCGUACUUCUGCCCUCGCUGUGGAGACCGCUCCCGCUUCUCGUCGGUGCCGGAGCUGCGGGCGCACCUGGUCAGCCGGCACACCUAUGAGACCCUGCUGCUGCUCUCACAGGCUCGGGUCAGAAGUUCUCGACCCGCCGGGCUCCUCCCCCUCCCCGGUCCGGCGGUGACCCAGAGCUCCGGCUCCACCCGGGCCUCAGAGCCCUCCAGCCUUCCGCCCCCCCUGACCGGCCUGGACCUGGCGCCGUCGUCUGCCUCCCUGCAGCUGCUCAGGCAGAUGUUCGGCCCGUCUGACCCGGCUCUGCUGGUCUCGGUGGGAGGUUCAGAGGAGCCGUCCUCCGCUCUGGUACCAUCCGGGUCGGUGGACCAGUUUCCAGCGCAGAGGCUGAGGCAGGUGGAGGUCCGUCUGGGACUGGACCUGCUGCCGUCGGUGCGGAUCGGGCUGGAGGAGCGGCUGGGUCUGGGCCUGGAUCGUAAAAUCGCUCGAACCUUCGCAGAGGUGGAAGAGAGAGUCAACAAACGCGUGGCUCAGCUGAAGGCGGAGCUAAGGAAAAGGGAGGCGGAGCUUAAGUGGGAGAGGCGAGGCAGAGAACGACUGAAAAGUGAGAAGAAGGAGGCGGAGGAGAGGGCGGCGUUCCUCUCCAGACAGAUUUCUGCUGCUGUGGAGAUGAUGGAGCGGCUGAAGAAAGACCUGAGGAGGAAAGAUCAGGAGCUGAGAGAACGACGACAGGAGGUGGAGAACAUCGAGGCGUUCCUGAGGCUGACGGCGGAGAAGGAGGCGGACGCCAAAAGCAGACUGCAGGUCUUCAUCGAGAUGCUGCUGGAACGAGCCGAUCGUGCAGAAAGACGCCUGCUGCUGCUCGCCUCUAACCACGCCCCCUACGCUCUCCCCAAGGCGUACUCGCCUGAGGGGGGGUGGAGUCUGGACGGAAGCAGGGACGGCGUUCUCUGCAGCCGGUUCCAGGAAUCCAUGGGGAACAGGAGGAGCUACAGCGUAUCGGCCUCCUGCGGUCUGGAGGAGCAGCGGUACGGCCAGAACCACAGCAGCCUGACCAGACAGAUGAGGACCUCGUCUCUGGGCUCGGGGGGCUGGGACUGUGAGGGGCUCUCCAACCUGCUCUACCCAGCUCACUGCUCUCCAGCCUGGACUCAGAGGGACCGGUUCUGGGUGGAGGACGAAGGAUGGGGAAGAACAUGGAGCAAAAGAAACCUUCAUCAUCGCAGCGCUGAGGAGGAGGAAGACGAGGAAGUGUGGAGCAGUAGGAGGACUUACACACCUGGGUCAGACAGCCCCUCCUCUCUCCUCUCCACCCCCUCCCGUCGCUAUGGAGACAGGCAGCUGGGGGCUGGGUCCCUGAAGAUGAGGGCGGGGCUCUUCUGUGUCUUUCCAUAUUUGGACGUGCGCUCGUUGCUGCGUGCGGCUGAGGUGUGCUCCGAUUGGCGCUUCGUUGCCAGACAUCCGGCGGUCUGGACACGAGUCCGACUGGAAGACAGCAGAGUGUCGGCGGAUUUUCUCAGCGUUUUGUCUCAGUGGUGCUCCCAAACCCAAAGCCUGGUUCUGAAGAACCUGAAGCCUCAAAGCCGCCGAGCAGACGAGAGCCGAGAGGAUCACCACAAAAACACACGGGGAGCCUUGGAGCCGGGGUUGGAGGCUCUGCUGAGGUCAGCAGGGGGCAGUCUGCUCCGCCUGUCAAUCAUCCAGUGUCCACACAUCCUCACCGACAGGACUCUGUGGCUCGCCAGCUGCUACGGCCGGAACCUGCAGGCGCUGGUAUACAGGAGUUCCUCUGAUCCUCCGGGACAGGAAGUCCUCUGGGCUCUGGGAGCUGGCUGCAGGGAUCUCAGCAGCCUGCAGGUGGCGCCGGUUCAUCCGUGCCAACAGCCGACCCGUUUUGGUAACCGCUGCCUGCAGACGAUUGGUAGAUGCUGGCCACACCUCUGCGUUCUCAGUGUGGGCGGGGCCAGCUGUAGCACUCAGGGAUUGGCUGCUGUAGCUCAGAGCUGCUCUCAGCUGCAGGUUCUGGAGCUGGAGCGCGUUCCCGACCUCAGCCUGCAGGCGGCGACGGCGCUCUGCAGAGCGGGCCUGAGGAGCCUGCAGACGCUCAUCCUGACGCACACGCCCGUCAGCGGCCAGGCCGUCCUGCACUUCCACAGUGUGUGCAAGAAUCUGCGGUCCAUCAUCGUGGAGGUCUCAGCUGCAGAUUACUUUGAGGAACCAGACACUCAGGAAGCCAAACAUCUGUUUGGAGAGAUUCUCAGCACACUGAAGGUUCUGCAGACUCGUCCAGGUCUCAGUGACGUUCUGCAGGUCAAAGGUCAGGGGUUCUGCUGACCUCCUCCUUCACGUCUACCGUUCCUCUGAAUCCGGAUCUUUUCUCCUUCCUGACCUCCAAAGGCGGACGCUCAUGAGUGACGGCACAACGUUCCAGAACAAUCUAACUAAGCACAAUCCUGCUCUACAAUCUUCAGAAGCAAAAACGGGUUUGGGUUUCUGGUUUUAAAGUUCUUCUACGUUUUUAUUUGCUUUCACGGAGAAAAAAAUCAAGUGAAUCAGGAGGAAAUGUUUCUGUUGGAGAGGAAGCCGUGAAACCUGCUUCCCAACCGUCAUCCAUCACUGCAAGAGGCGGAACCAGACAGAACCGAGUCAAUGAGAGAUGUCAGCUGCAUCAUGUUUGGAGACCAGACAGUGACUCUAUGAUCUGAAGCGACCCGGGCUUCAGAAACCAUGAUCAGAACCGUUCUGAGCUUCCUGAAGACUUUUGUGGUUUAACAGGAAGACUCCACAACGCUGAAGUCAAAGUCACAUGCACCUGUGCGGGGGUUGACCCGUUCUGGGUUGAACCGUACUGGGUUGACCCGUUCUGGGUUAAACUGUACUGCGUUGACCUGUUCUGGGUUGACCCGUUCUGGGUUGACCCGUUCUGGGUUAAACUGUACUGCGUUGACCCGAUCUGCGUUGACCCGUACUGGGUGGUACCGAGUAGCAGCUGGAUCUCAAGGGGAGUGCAGGUGUGUCUUGCAGUCCCCUUAAGACUCGCGCGGCGCGUCCACGGCCAUCAGAAAAAUGUCUAUUUUCUCUGCACGCUUCAUUUAGCGGUCCGGCACCUUUUUGUGGGUCACCUGCGUGUCCGGUACAGGUUUCACCAUUUUUCCCCUGCUGACGGCCCGUAUCCUCCCGUUAGGACAGUUGGGACGAAGGCUUUAACAAAAGCAGUUUUUCAGGGGAAAUGAGUCGUUGUGUCUCUGAAAUAGUGACGUAGUGAUCAGUGAACCACAGUUUCCUCUUGUUUCUGCACAAACGUCUCCUCACUGAUGCCCCAGAAUCCCCCUCACCGAGUUCCUGUCUAUCCCGGACAAGCCCCUGAGAUGGUUCAUACAGAGAGGAUCACACUCCUCCCAUACAGGGAAAGUUGAGGUUGGUCCUGAGAAUCUAUCCCCACACACAGACAUGCACCAAAUGUUUUUGCACUGAGGGGGCAUUUAAAUAUGCACCAAAGAUGUUUCCAUGUAAACUCUCUUUUCUACUGAUCUUCAGAUGAUUCCUGUUUAUUUUACCUUCAAUAAAUCCCUCCUUUUUGUC